AUGGUGCGGUGCCUCAUGGCCGUGCUGUUCAUGGUGGGGAGGGGGCUGGAGUCGCCGGACGUGAUGUCCUUUCUUCUCGACAUGGAAAGGUGCCCGGGGAAGCCUCACUAUGACAUGGCUCCGGACGGGCCCCUGCUGCUCCACGGAUGCCGGUUUCGAUCCCUCAACUUUCAGUACACGCCGGAGAAUCUGUACUGCCUCCAAGAACACCUGGAAAGCCUGUGGGAAGACGCGGCUAUCACGGCCGCUCGUCUCCUGAACAACCUCGAGUACCUCGCCGGUGUUACCGUCUCAGCAAAGGACCUGGAUGCGUUCGCCGCCUUCAAGCGCGCUCUCAAGGGGUCCAACGACCAGCACUACUCGGUCGUGGAUCACGGGGAGCAGGGAAGACGCCAGGACAUGACGUGGAGGGAGGGGCUCCGUCGAUUGCGAGACAUGGGUCUCGGCGUUGGGCAGGUCUUGGGACGUAAGGGGCACAUGCCGAUGGAGCGAAGGCAGCAGGGUUUGCACUACAACGAGCUUGUGGAAGGGCUGGGAGGGAAGAAGAGGGAGCGGUUAGACCGGCAUCUGGCCAUGAAGGCUGCGGGUGUGGAGUCCGGGGAAACGGACGCCUUUUACAACGCCAUGGCCGACCAGGGAAUUCCGGAAUAG